AUGGCCAUAAUCGGUGCGAAAGAGGAGCACGUCGACCCGCGGUUGACGCGCAUUGCGAAGGCUGACAAGAAGCCGUGGUAUAAAAAGACAAAUCUGCGAUUCUUGUACCUCAUUCUUGUUCCCACUGGGCUGGGAGUGGAAUGGACGUCUGGCUUCGACUCGUCCAUGAUGAACAGUCUGCAAGCCGUCAAGUCGUGGUCAGAUUAUUUUGGCAACCCAACCUCUGGGCGCCUCGGCCUCCUCAACGCCAUGUACUCGCUCGGAGCACUCAUGGCGAUCCCGUUCAUCCCUACGGUCAGCCAGUAUCUCGGCCGGCGUCGGACUAUCCUCUUUGCGUCCCUUAUCAUGUGCAUGGGCGCAGGGUUGCAGGCGGGGGCCUACAAUUCAGACAUGUUCCUCGCCUCUCGCUGGGUGCUUGGCUUCGGGAUUCCCUUCGCGAUAGUCAAUGCAUCGUCCAUGAUCGGAGAGUUGUCGUAUGCCAAUGAACGCCCGGUUAUGACAUCGUUGUUCAACGCCUCCUGGUUUGUCGGCGCCAUCGUCGCCGCAGGGACCACCUACGGCACGUUUCAGAUGACCAGCACCUGGGCCUGGCGCCUCCCAAGCCUUCUCCAACUCGUCCCAAGUUUCUUUCAGAUUGCGUUCAUGUAUUGGUGUCCCGAGUCGCCCCGCUGGCUGGUUUCGCAGGAUCGUGGAGACGAAGCGUUCGCCAUUCUGCAAAAGUACCACAGUGAGGGUGCUGACGGCGACGAGUUUGUGAGGCUCGAAUACGCACAGAUUCAGUCAACCAUUGCGCUAGAGAAGGAGCUGGCGAAGUCAUUCGUCUGGGCUGAUGUUGUUCGCGAUCCACCCAUGCGGCGUCGUUUCACGAUUGCUGCCAUUGUGGGUUUCUUCACCCAGUGGAGCGGGAACGGGCUCCUGAGCUUCUACAUGAAGCAAAUCCUGGGCCUUGUGGGUAUCACGGAUAACAGGACGGUGCAGCAAAUCAUCCUGAGCAACACGUGCUGGGGCCUCAUCAAUGCCGUUCCAAUUGCGCUCAUUGCGCCGCGGUUCCCCCGGAGGAAAAUGUUUCUGACAUGUACCAUUGGCACCGCGGUGGUUUAUGUUGUCUGGACCAUCUCGAGUGCUCGUUCGGUGAUUGAGAACUCGUCCAGGGCGGCGAUUCCGGUGCUGGUGUUUAUUUUUGUCUACUCCCCGUUCUAUAACAUCGGCUGGAAUGCCCUCGCUUACACCUACAUGGUCGAGUUAUUCCCCUAUCAGCAACGCGCCAAAGGCAUCUCGGUCGAGCAGCUCACCGUUCGAUUUGCCGUCUUCUUCAACACAUACGUCAACCCAAUUGCCCUUGAUGCCAUUGGGUGGAGGUAUUAUAUUGUGUAUUGUGUCUGGAUCCUGGUCGAGAUUGCCACCGUGUAUUGGUUGUUCCCCGAGACGCAUAACCGCACGCUCGAAGAGCUCAGCUUCAUUUUCGAGGGCAAGGCUGUGCAAGAGAAAGUGGAGCGGAAUGUGGACAAGGCACUGCAUGUUGAGAUGGAGCCCGUUCAGAGAGCGUCAUCAAAAAGAGAAGUGGAAACCACGGAGCUCAGGGUGUGA